AUGGAGAACACACACUUCUCGGCGUUCUGCACUGGCUUUGAUGACUUGGAAGGCCAUGUGAGAUACAUCUUUCAAGUCGUCCACAUUCCCAGCGGAUGUGCUUGGAAGGUGCAUCGCCGGUACCGAGAGAUGCUCGCUCUCCAUGAGCAGCUGGCAGGUACAGCCACCGAUCUGCCAGAGUUCCCUCCCAAAGCACUGAAUGCCUGGAGCUGGAUAUUGGGCGAAGACGUUCCUGUGCAGCGAGUGUCUUCCUUUCAAACGUACUUCGCACAGCUACUGGCCCGUGACGACCUCACACGACGCCCAGCGACGCAGGCGCUGCUCGGCGUCCAACGGCCGGAUCCUGUCGCCGUGGUCGUGAGCAGGUGGAGAAUGGAGCCGGAUGCAUUCCGGGCAGACGUUGAGCUGUCUGUAACCUGCGAUGCCUUCUCUCCACGAGAGACAGGGUCGAGUCCUUUCAGCGGCACAAUUGACAGCCCCAAACCUGUGGAGGAGUUCCUGGUGUUCAUCCAGGGAUCUCCGUCCACAGAUCCAGUGGCAUCAGCACGCCCUGGUGAGCCACUCUGGGCAACAGGCCUGCCCACUGGGGAAGAGAUGACACUUGAGGUGAGGGCUGCUAAUGGUAUCGGGAUGUCGGAGCCGACAACCCUCAGUAUCUUGUCGCCGGGGGAGCGGGCCCUGCCACUAUCACCUGGUGUACGAGUUCGGGCAGUUUGGGCUGGUGAUGGAGCCGUGUAUGAUGCAGUUGUCAAGAGCGUCCCCGUCAACAACUCCGGCUAUGUCUUGCUUGACUGGUUGAGACCAGCUCCGUUGAGCGAUGAGAAGCUGUCCUGCGUUUGCGAAGUGGGCGAUGACACGGCUCACAGAAUGGUCCCUCGCGGUCAGGUCUUCCGGCAAAUGUCGGACGCCUUUGUAAAUGGCUCUAGCUUUCCAACAUGA